AUGUUGGAUAAAUGGUCGUCCCUUAAACAUUGUACUAAGCGACAAUUACAAUCUCUGAUUGGAAAGCUUCAAUUCAUUUGUUCUGUAUGCCGCCCGGGAAGAACCUUUCUUCGCCGCAUGAUCGACUUACUCCUCAAGGCCACACACCCUUCUCAUCGCAUCCGCUAACCGUGGGCUUUCGUAAGGAUAUUCACUGGUGGCAGACCUUUCUUAUCUCGUGGAACGGCCGUAGUUUCUUCCACGCGGACGCAUGGAUGUCUAGUUCUUCUUUGGACAUUUUCACCGACGCCAGCCACGCAGCUUUUGGCGCCUAUCUCGCUGGUAAAUGGUUCUCUUGUUCGUCUACAGUUCAUCGCGUUCCCCUGUCCAGGUCCAUUACGUUAAAGGAACUUUACGCUAUUACCGCAGUGGUGUCCACAUGGGCCCCUUCACUUACUUUUCGGAGCUUGUUAUUUCACUGUGACAAUCAGUCAGUGGUCCAAACCUCUCCUCUGGUACCAUUGGUUGGAAGCAUAUCAUUUCUAUGUUGCGUUAUUUAUUCUAUGUUUGCCCUUCACACAACAUCGUGUUACGCGCUGUACACAUCCCUGAUGUGACCAAUUGCUUUGCUGACUGUCUCUCUCGUCUGCAGGUAACCAAGUUCCACCGCCUUUGUCCAACGGUCGGCAAGCAUCCGACGUUCGUGCCGCGUGUUCCCUUGACCAACUUCAUGUAAAUGCAAAGGAGUACUUUUGCUCUGCUCUCGCAGACUUUACUCACCGGACUUACGGCGCUGCCCAACGACAGUUCCUCAGCUUCUGUGAUAAUUACGGUAUUGCUCCCUUACCGGCAUCGGAAGACACGUUAAUCUUGUCGGUCACCUCCCUAGCAGCGCGAAUAAAGCCUCAGUCCAUUAAUGUUUAUCUGGCCGGUGUUCGCUCUCUUAAUGUUUCUAAUGGUUACGACAACCCCUUGACUCCUGGUCUCCGACUGAAGCAAACUCUGCGCGGUAUUGAAAGGAAUCAUUUCGCCCCACGAAAACGGAAAAUGCCGAUUACCUUUGAUCUUCUCUGCAAAAUUCAUGUCUUCGUGAACUUCUGCUCCAACGACGAUAUUGUCUACUGGGCGGCAAUUACCUGUGGCCAUUUCUUGUUAUUACGCGCCGGAGAGUUUACGUUAUGCAACAAGGAGCGCUUUAACCUCUCACGCGAUCUCGCACUCAGUGACGUCACUUCUCAUCAGUCCCCAGACGGUCAGCACUACUGGAUGGUGCACAUAACUGACAGUCGAAAACUGACCAACGACCGGCCAGGGAGUGACCCUUUAUAUACCCACACACACCAUUCAGUCUGCCCAGCCUGCGCAAUGAAAUCUAACCUUGCUCUUCAACGGAGCCGCCCUAAUAUGUCCGAGGAGUGGCCGCUCUUCCUGUUAGAGAAUAAUCAGGCCCUGACCAAGCAGCAACUAGUAACAUUCGUGUCUCACUUGCUGCGACUCAUUGGUGUAGAUUCUACAGCUUAUGGCACACACAGCUUUAUGAUCGGUGGCGCCACAUCUGCUUCUUUGGCAGGCCUUGCUGACUACGAAAUUUAA